GCCGAGCCCAAGAAGGUGCCAGAGCCGCCUCUUGAUCCUGAGGAGCAGAAACUGAUGGAGGACUACGUGUCGGAAAAGGGGGGCAUCAAGCUCAAAGUUGUUCACAAAAAGCAAACGGGUCGCAACAACAUCGUCAUUUUGUCCAUGGAGAUCGAAGGGAAAUGGCGGCAAAAGGCCCAGAUUGUCGUUAGGAGUGCCGGGAUGCCGCCGUGGGCUGCUAUGCUUGGAAUGAAGCAGGUCGCAGAACAGACCCUUUCGUCCGGAAACACCGAGAACAUCAAGCAAUGCCGGGACGAUGUCGUGGAGGCGAUUUUUUCAAAGACGUGGGUGCAGUAUAUGCAAAACCUGGGCCUUGAAUGCCCAAAGUGGGCCACGACAGAUCUCAUAGACUUCGUUUCAGACAGACAGCACUUGCUUGGAGGGGCCAACUAG